CAACUCACCUCAACACUUUUUUCUUCUACCAAUUACACCCAUAGUUGUUCAUGCAACAAUAGAAGGAGAAAGAAGAAGAAGAUGAUUACAUUGUUUUCUUACACCAACCUCCUCUUCGUAUACACUCCACAGCUUUACCUUCUCCGCAAUCCACUUUGGACCAACCCAAUUAAGCCCUCGACGUGAACUGAAAGGAGAAGCAAAUCCAAGUCCACAGAGCUGUCUCCUACUCGGAGAGAGAGAGUGUGUGUGUGUGUGUGAGAGAGAGAGAGAGAGGAGGAGGAGGAGGAGGAGGAGGAGGACGUCGGAAAAGAUGCGACGAUGCUGCCGAAAGCCUUCGCCACUGCUGGUGAAGUCGACGCUUAUCAUGAUCGCGGCUGCCUCGAUAGUGGUCGGCUGCUCUGCAGCAGUAACCCCGUCGGUGCCCGACGCUCAGAUCAAAUGCGACUGCAAUCCCUGCGGCUGCACGCAGAAACCGCCGCCUCCGCCUCCGCCUCCGAAGUGGCCCGUACCGUAUUGUCCUCCGCCGCCACCGGCGCCGUAUCUUUACAUAGUCGGCACGCCAGGUAAUCUCUACCCGUUUGACCCCAAUUACUACCCCUCGAGCGCUCGCCGGAGCUACGCUGGGCCGAUGCCGGUCUUCCUGGUCUCCGGGCUGCUCGCCCUGUGGAAGAUUUGGUGGCUAUGACUUGUGCUGUAACAAUCAUUUAGAUUUCUGCUUCGUCUUCUUUCCAUGUUCUCAAAUCUUCUCUUUGUUGCAAGAAAAUGAUGAAUAAGUUCUGAUUUCUAAAUGAUUAGCUUUGGUAGAUCCUUUUUUUUUCCCGCUUUAUACGUAAAUCUCUAAAUUUGUUAAGAAUAUAAAUGAAUUCAUAUCUACACAAAAGAAUAUAUCUUUCUUAUCUACUAAAGUUCUUUAAUGAAAUGACAGUGAUAAAAAAUAAUAGAUUUACACUAUAAACCAUGCAUUGAAUGAUCAGAUCCUACCACAAAAGAAAUAGAGUAUGAUUGCUGGGGGAUACAUGAAAAAUCUCUAAUAUACAUGUCAUAAUCAUUUGUAUUAGAGAAUAUUUUUCCUGUGAGGAGGAGGAUGAUAUUAUAUAUUGCAAGUGGACAUUGAGCCAAUUAAUCUUAUUCCAUAGCUCAUAUGCCUAUUGGAAUUGCUUAUUGCUUAGCUUUUGGUAGAUGGAUCAGUAGUGUCACUUUCCUGUGUCCAUGAUUGAGGCUUGACUUAUGACCAAUUACUUUAUCAUCAAUAAGGUUAAGGUUUAAAUUAUCAUAUUUUAUGUAAUGUGACUACUUUUGGGUUUUUAGAAUUUGCAUGUCUAACCUCAAUAACAUCUAUUGGUUAGCUGCAUAUUUAAAAACUAAUUAGGCUUAAGAAUGAAUUUAUGUUACAAAUUGCAAAGAAUCUUAUCAUAAUUAAAACUCUCAAAUUAGAAUUUAUGUUAAAUUAUAAAUUUAAAUUUAAUAUUCCAAUGCUAUCCACCAUUUGUAUCUCACUCCAUAUAGAAACCUGCGAAACCUCCCUUUGCGUGCACUCGAAGCUCCACCGAUGGACGCUACUCUCCGCACAAAUCAACCUCAUUAACCCUGAAUCACAUCCUCCAUGCAAAGCCGUCACCCUCAACCAUCGUAGAACACGACUCUCCUUCUUCUUCCUUCGAUCCUUCCUAGCCUGCACUCAUGCUCUCAAAGCAUUCCUACGUCGUCAUCUCCACGCUUCUCCUCCUCCUCGACCGUCCUCCGUCGAGUCUCUCCGACUGUCCGUACCCAAGCCUGCCGCCACCGGACACGUCAUAUUACGGGGAGUCGCAUCCUCCACCGCUGGGUUACAUUCCCUACUUCCCUCCACCAGACCACACUCUGCCAGCUCCGCCGCCGCCCAAUCCCAUCCUGCCAUGGUUCCUCUUCUACUACAGAACCCCGCCGCCGCCGCUACUUGCAUCCCUGCAACAUUGCUGCCUUUGCUCUCAGCGUCGUUGGCAGUCCUUCUCUAGCGAUCAUAAGCUUGGUUUCUACAUAGAGAUCGAAGUUGUUGGUUUGUGUAUGUAAUUGUUUUGGCAUGCGGUCUGAUAAUAACAACGUAAGCUAAUGAAGCUUACUUCAUAUUUGCUGGAUAUGACAUGCAUUUCCUCUUUCCUUUAUUCUUUUUUGCUGCUUUAUGUUCUAAAAUUGUUCUUCUGCAGUUCUGCUACUGUAAUUGCUAAGUCAUCAUCAGGACAGAGACAGGUCAACAGAGUUUGGUCAAGAUAACACAAUCUUGCCACAUUCCACCAACUCAUUGUCCGCACUGUGACAUAGAAUAAGAAAGGGAACUUUUUCACAGAGAGAGAGAGAGAUUUUUACGCUUCACAAUUGCCAUCUCAUUCAAUCAGUCCUUUUCCAAGAAAAAAUCAAAAAGAAAUAUUUUUUCAAAAAAUUAUCCAUAUAUAUACAUAUAUAUAUAUAUAUAUAUAUAUACAUAUAUCUGACGCGUGUGUGCUGUUAUAAUCCGAAGGUAGCGUGCUUGGCGAGGACGGUGGGCCCCAGUUAGUUAAAAAUUUGACGAGGAAGCAAACAUAAUGGCUACGCUUCUUCGUUCGUAAUGGAACGCAGUUUGGUGGCUCAAAGCUGGGACUCUUCCACGCAAAGCAAACUUUGGAAUGCCGUUACUCCACGUCAGCUCACGGUGGUUUCACUUUGUGGCGUCUUGAAACGGCGGUAAUAGUCCGUCAAGCUUACCGUUUCGGGGUCUCCCUCGCACCGACCACUGCGCUCCACACUCCUGCCCUCCCCACCUAUAUAUACACCACUCCCUCCUCCCUCAGUUCUUUGAUCGCCCCCCGUCCCCUGACUUCUCGUUUGGCGAAGUGGUCGGAUCUGAUCCGUUCGUGCUUCUUUCUUGGUUUGUCUCCUUUGAAGAGACGGCAUCAGACAGAGAUUGAUGCAGCGGGCACUGGUUUCAUCCGGCGGUGGCGACUGCCUCGGCGUUUCGAUGGCAGCCGCGCCUUCCCCGUACAUCUGUAACGGUGACGAUUUCCUCAGCCCGUACACGAUUUUCUCAACGAUCGACACUGCCCCUCUCCCCGCUUCCGGCUCCUUUGCGAUCUCCCCCUCCUCGGUCUCCUUCGAAGAGGCGGAGGCCUCAUCCACAGCCACCGAGGACCGUCUCUGCCUAGCCCGCCUCGCUCUCCGGUACCGGGAGAUCACCGAGCGCUACGGCAUCUGCCUAUCCCACCUCUGCGACACCGCCGAGGAGGUGGAGUCCCUUCGCCGCGAGAACGCCAGCCUCCGAACCGCCAACGGCGAGCUCGCCAGGCGGCUCGAACUCCUCGCCGGUAAGCACACUGGCCGUUUCCCGUCAUCCGCGGGUGUGGUGCUCAUGGAUGAGCUCCCCCCCCCCUCAGCAUCGCCGAAACGGCGAAGCCCGGAGACAGCCCCACGAGCGUGCUCACCUUUCAGGAGAGAAUCUGCAGUGGCCACAGGUCGGCAACUGGGCCGGUGGCGGAGAAGCAUGUCUCACCACCGAAGAUCACCUCGGACAGAUCCAGGUGCAUAUUUCCCUUCUAUUUUGUUUUCUUACUACAAGCUGCGGCAGGCGCAUUUGGGCGGGGGGAGCAACGACGGCAAGGGGGAAAGAGUAGGAGGCGCGGACGAUGAGAAAGAAGGAGAGAGUGGUGGUGGAGCACUGGAGCUGGAGGUGUUCCGCCAGGGGAUGUUCAAGACGGAGCUGUGCAAUAAGUGGGAGGAGAGCGGUGUGUGCCCAUACGGCGAGCACUGCCGGUUCGCCCACGGCAUCGCGGAGCUCCGCCCUGUCCUCCGUCACCCCCGCUACAAGACCGAGCUCUGCCGCAUGAUCCUCUUCGGCGACGCAUGCACCUACGGCCACCGCUGCCAAUUCCGCCACUCCCUCUCCCCCUCCGACCAUCAACGCCUCCGGCGCCGCCCAUAAAACGUAUAGAUUACUCCCUAUACUAAUUAACGACAAUAAAACUAAGAAAAAAAGGGGUAAAAAAACAGAGGUGUAGAAGUUAUAUAUCUCCCCUCCUAACCAAAAUUAUUCCUAACGGAAGGAAAUGUAGCAGAUCUAAAUGCUUGUAAAUUGCUUUUGCUAUGUGUAUGCUCCCUCUGGUAAAUAAAUAUAUGUAGAUGUAUUUAGUGCAA